GCGGAGGACCCGAACACCGAGCAGCGGCAGCGGCAGCAGCAGCGGCGGGUCUCCCAGCCUCACCGGCUCAGGACGAGGCAGCAGUGUUGAGAAGGUGCAGGUGAUGUGGAGGGAAGGUUCUGGUGGCAGGAUGACGGUGGCCAAGCUGCUCCUCUCCACGUUCCUCCUACACACAUUCAGUGAAGCCUUUAACCAACCACCUCGCUUCAACAACUACUUCUUCCAGUCGUACCUGCUGAUCUACGAAGACACUGCAGUGGGUUCAUCAGUGACUCAGCUGCAGGCGGUGGAUCCUGAUGGAGAGCCGCUGAUCUUCGGGGUGGUCGGUGAGGAAGCAUCGCGUUUCUUUGCUGUGCAGGAGAACACUGGAGUGGUGUGGCUCCGACAGCCACUUGACCGUGAGACUAAAUCGGAGAUGCAGGUGGUGUUUUCUGUCAGUGACAGUCAGGGGGUGGUGAAGGACACAGUGAACAUCCAGAUUGGAGAUGUAAAUGACAAUGCCCCGAGUUUCUAUAACCAGCCCUACACUGUGAAUAUACCUGAGGACACUCCAGUGGGUACCUCAGUGUUUAUGGUAAAUGCCACAGACCCGGACCAGGGCACCGGGGGCAGCGUGCUCUUCUCCUUCCAGCCGCCGUCUCAGUUCUUCUCCAUCGAUGGAGCUCGAGGAAUCGUCACCGUUACCAGACGCCUCGACUACGAGACCACAACAGCCUACCAGCUUACUGUUAAUGCUACGGACCAAGACAAACUCCGCCCCCUAUCCAGGCUAGCGAACUUAGCCAUUACUAUCACUGAUAUUCAGGACAUGGACCCCAUCUUUAUUAACCUGCCCUACAGCACUAAUGUAGAGGAGGAAGCACCACUGGGCUACGAGGUGAGAAAGAUCCGAGCGAUGGAUCAGGAUUUGGGUCGGCCGCGUGGGAUUGGAUACAGCUUUGUUUCAGGAAACACCAACAGCGUCUUCGCUCUGGAUUAUAUCAGCGGCUCUCUGACCGUAAACGGCCGACUGGACCGAGAGAACCCGCUGUACUCCGCAGGAUUCACCCUCACUGUGAAGGGUACAGAGCUGCUGGAUGAUCGUUCUCCCUCCUCUGCCACCGUCCUCACCACCUUCACCAUCCUCCUCAUCGAUAAGAACGAUAACGCCCCCAAGUUUAACAGCUCUGAAUACCGCGUGCGCAUUACUGAACUGGCUCAGGUGGGCUUCGCUCUGCCCCUGUCCAUACAGGUGGAGGACAAGGACGAGGGAGUGAACAGCAUGUUCGAGGUCAUUUUAAUGGGGAAUAAUUCGGACCACUUCAGCAUCUCCCCCACGUCGGUGCAGGGUCGUGCUGAUAUCCGUGUGCGGGUGGCCAUGCCGCUGGACUUCGAGACCAUCAGGAGCUACAGUUUUUCACUGUACGCCAACGAGUCUCUGUCUGAACACGUGGGAUUCGCUCGAGUCUUCAUCGACCUGAUCAACGAGAACGACAACCGGCCCGUCUUCAGCCAGAGCCUCUAUAACAUCAGCCUCCCGGAGAGCACGCCGGCCGGCACGUCCCUGCUGAGGAUACAGGCCACGGAUAAUGACAUUGGCACGUUCGGCGUGGUGCGCUACUUCUUCAGUGAUGAACCAGACCAGUUCUCUCUGGACUCUGAUACGGGCUGGGUGACUCUGAAGGACCGGCUGGAUUAUGAGCUGAUGAGACGCUACACUCUGACGGUUCUGGCGCGGGACGGGGGCGGGGAGGAGACGACGGGACGGCUCAGAGUGAACGUGAUCGAUGUGAAUGAUAACUCACCAGUGUUUCAGAAGGACGUGUACAUGGGCUCUCUGAUGGAGAACGAGCAGGCCUCUCAGCAAGUGGCCAGAGUCAGAGCAACUGAUGAGGACUCUCCUCCUAAUAACAUCCUGACCUACUCCAUCAUAUACGCCUCUCAGUUCCAGAGUUAUUUCAGCAUUACCAUGGUGGAAGGCUAUGCAGUGAUUACAGUGAACAGACCCUUAGACUAUGAGCUGGUUCCCGGAGGGAUGAUCUAUCUGACGCUGAUGGCCAAAGACGGAGGAAAUCCCGCCCUGAACAGCACCGUGCCAAUUACUGUAGAGCUGUUUGAUGAGAACGAUAAUCCUCCUGAGUUUAGCCAGCCGUCCUACAUCGUGAGAAUCCCCGAGAACAUGGUCGCAGGAGCGACGGUCUUGUUUGUGACGGCUGUAGAUCUGGACGCUUCGAGAGAGUUUGGUCAGGCCUCUCUCAUCUACUCACUGCAGGGCCCCACAGAGUUCAGACUAAACACUCGCUCAGGAGAGAUCACCACCACAGCUCUGCUGGAUCGUGAAACAAAGUCUGAGUAUAUUCUGAUUGUUCGAGCUGUGGACGGAGGGGUGGGACCUCUGCAGAAGACAGGCAUCGCCACGGUGAACAUCACCGUACUGGACAUUAAUGAUAACGCCCCCAUCUGGCAGGAUGAGCCCUAUCUGGCCAAUGUUGUGGAAAUGAGUCCAAUCAAUACUGAUGUCAUUUCUGUGUUGGCACUGGAUCCUGAUAAUGGAGAAAAUGGAACGGUCCUCUACAGCAUCAGUCCAGCUAACCCCUACUACAUCAUCAACAACCGGACCGGGAAGAUCCGCACCAGCGGGGGGGUACUGGACAGAGAGAGUCUGGACACCAGGGCUGCUCUGCUCAUGAGGACCAUCAUCAUCUCCGCCACUGACCGUGGAAACCCGCCGCUGCGCUCCUCAGCCAGCACCACCGUCUACGUCAACCUGCUGGACCUCAACGACAACGACCCUGCCUUCCUCAACCUGCCGUUUAUCGCUGAGGUUCCAGAGGGCCUGCCUAUCGGAUCCUCCGUCUUCAGGGUUCAGGUACAGGACCCUGAUGAGGCAGAGAAUGGGGCGGUUACUCUGGGGCUGCAGGUAGGAAUGCCCCGGCUGGACUUUCGUCUCAACACCAGUACCGGGGUGCUGUUCUCCACGGCCGUGCUGGACCGCGAGCAGAUUGGACAGUACUACCUGCGGCUGGUGGCCUUCGAUGCUGGACAGUACCCACGAACCUCUACCAGCACCCUGACCAUCACAGUUCUGGAUGUGAAUGACGAGACGCCCACGUUUUUCCCGCGUGUGUAUAACGUCUCGGUGUUGGAGAGUGUGCCGCGGGACUUUGUGGUGGUUCGGCUGAACUGCUCUGAUAACGACGCCGGACUGAACGCUGAGCUCAGCUACUUCAUCACAGGUGGGAAUCAGGAUGGGAAGUUCAGUGUGGGCUUCAGGACCGGUGUGGUGCGCACUGUGGUGGAUCUGGAUCGUGAAACACAAGCGUCUUACACUCUUAUUAUAGAGGCCAUCGAUAACGGUCCUGCAGGAGACAGGAAGACGGGCACGGCUACAGUGCUGGUGGAAGUGCUGGACGUUAAUGACAACAGACCGAUCUUCCUCCAGAACAGCUAUGAUGCCACAAUACUGGAGAGUGCACCCAGAGGAACCAGCAUACUGCAGGUCCAGGCUACAGAUGCAGAUCAGGGGGAGAAUGGCAGGGUUCUGUACCGAGUUCUCUCGGGUAACAGUGGAGGUCAGUUCAGUAUAGACCUGCUGUCGGGUCUAAUCACCCGCGGGCAGCGAGCUCUGGAUAGAGAGACCAGCAGCUCACACCUGCUGGAGGUGGAGGCCUACAACAGCGACCAGGGCAGCAUGAGGAGCUCUGUCAGGGUGAUAGUGUAUGUAGAGGAUGUGAAUGAUGAGCGUCCUAUCUUCACUCAGCAGCAGUAUAAUAGACUGGGACUCAGAGAGACUGCUGGGAUUGGAACCUCUGUUAUUGUGGUGCGAGCCUCUGACCCCGACACAGGAGACGGGGGCGCGGUAUCGUACGCUAUGGUUGCUGGAUCGGAUCGUAAGUUUGAGGUGGACAUCAGCACGGGUUUGGUGACCACAGUGGACUACCUGGAUUACGAGACCAAGACCAGUUAUCUCAUGAAUAUUUCAGCCACAGAUCAGGCCCCUCCCUUUAACCGGGCUUUCUGCAGCGUGUACGUCACUCUGCUGAACGAGCUGGAUGAAGCGGUGGCCUUCAUGCUGGCCGGUUAUGAAACCUCUCUGAAUGAGAACAUCGCCACCGGAACCGAGGUCAUCCAGGUCCGAGCUCAGUCUGCAGAUAACCUGAACCAGCUGAGCUACCGCUUCGACCCCGACACGUCCCCCGCUGCCCUCGCCCUCUUCAAGAUCGACAGCAUUACGGGUCGGAUCACUGUAACUGGGCUUAUAGAUCGAGAGAAGGGUGACUCCUACACUCUCACUGUGGUCGCUGAUGACGGAGGGCCUAAACGAGGCUCUACUGUGAAGGUGUCCAUCACCAUUCUGGAUGAGAAUGAUAACAGCCCUGAGUUUGAUAUCAUGUCGGACGUGUCGGUGAACGUUCCUGAGGACACGCCCAUGGGCCGGAGAGUGGCUGUGGUGCUGGCGAGGGACAGAGACGCCGGGAAGAAUGGACUGGUGAACUUUACAUUGGUGGCGGGAAACAUGCAAGAUGUGUUUGCAAUCCAAACUGUGAACAACACGUACGGAGACGUGUUCGUAAACGCCCCCCUCGAUCGAGAAGCGAUAGACCGCUACCUGCUCAAGGUACGGGCUACUGAUAACGGCUCUCCUCCUCGAUUCACGGACCAAUCACUGACCAUUAACAUCGUGGAUGUGAACGACAACGCUCCCGUAGUGCAGAGCCCCCGCGGAUACAACGUCAGCAUCAGUGAGAAUGUAGGUGGUGGUACAGCAGUCCUGCGGGUGGUCGCUACUGACCGAGACAUCGGACCCAACGGUCAGUUAUCCUAUUACAUCACCAGUGGCAACCAGGACCUUACCUUCCGCAUGGACCGAGUGACUGGAGAGAUAGUGACCAGACCUUCACCCCCCGACAGAGAGCGGCAGCAGCAGUACACCCUCACCGUCACGGUGGAGGACGAGGGAAACCCACCGCUCUCGGCCACCACCACGGUGUGGGUGUACGUAAUCGAUGAGAACGAUAACGCCCCGGUUUUUGCUGCGAAGGAGUACGUGACUGUUCUGACUGAAGGUCCGGAGACCAUCGGUUCCACCAUCGCCACAGUUUCAGCUACCGACCCAGACGAGGGGCUGAACGGCACCGUGCGCUACGCCAUCACCCAGGGAAACCUGGGUCAAACUUUCAACAUCAGCCCCACUUCGGGCCGGAUCGUGGUGAUGAAAGAGCUGGACUAUGAGGUCAGCAGUGGACGCUACACGCUGGUCAUCACUGCAACUGACCAAUGCCCCAUAUUACAACUCAGACUGACAUCCAGUGCCACCGUUGUGGUGAAUGUGAUCGAUGUGAAUGACGUGACCCCCCAGUUCCCCCGGGACUUUGAGGGCCCAUUUGAGAUCACAGAGGGUCAGCCCGGACCCCGAGUCUGCACUGUUAAAGCUACUGACCAGGACUCGGACCUGAAUGGAAAAGUGGAAUACAGCAUCACAGCUGGAGACCUGAACAACGAGUUCAUCGUGUCUCCUGUGGAGGGGGAGCUGAGGGUGAAGAGAGAUGUUGAGCUGGAUCGAGAGACGACAGUUUAUUAUAACAUCACCAUUACAGCCAGAGACCUGGGAACACCGCCACGCAGCAGCACGGUGGUCGUGGGGGUUCAGGUUUUGGACAUUAAUGAUAAUGAUCCCAUUCUGCUGAACUUACCCAUGAACACCAGCGUCAGCGAGGGGGCGUCUAUACAGACCUCCAUCGCCCGCGUGCAGGCCAGAGACUCAGACAGCGGCCGCAACGCCCUGCUCACCUUCAACAUCACUGCAGGAAACCCAGACGGAGCGUUCUACAUCAACGAGACUUCAGGUGUGGUUCAGGUGAACAGGCCGUUAGACAGAGAGCGAGUGGCUGAAUACCUGCUGACCAUCACAGUCAAAGACAACCCCGAGAACCCCCGCAUCGCCCGCAGGGACUCAGAUGUGCUGGUGGUCACCAUUCUGGACAUUAAUGAUAACAGGCCCAUCUUCACAUCCUCCAGCUACAGAGGAGAGAUCAGUGAGAACUCCCCCACAGGAACCACAGUGACGAUACUGAACGGGCCGGUUCUGGCUGUGGACAGAGAUGUUGGGGUUAAUGCUGUGGUGAAGUACGGCCUGCUGGGAUCCAGAGUGGACCUCUUCACCAUCAACUCUACUACAGCCGUGGUGUCAGUGCGUGAGGGUGGAGUGUUGGACAGAGAAGCGUUCUCUGACCCGCGGGUGGAGCUGUUUCUGGUUGGGGAGGACAUAGGGGGUCUGAACAGCAGCGUUCCCCUCACCAUCACCAUCCUGGACAGAAACGACAAUCCUCCAGUGUUUAAUCCAUCCAGCUUCACCGUACGCCUUCCUGAAAACAGCCCCACAGGUGUGGUUGUGACUCAGCUCUCAGCUACGGAUGCGGACGCCGGCUCUAACGGUUGGCUGCAGUACCGAUUGGAGAGCGGCGCUCAGGAUCGGUUUGUGGUGGACCCUCUCUCUGGGGCGGUUCUGGUCGGAAACGCGACGCUGGACCGCGAGGAGCGCCCGUCCUAUCGGCUGGUCGUCGCGGCAUCAGACCGGGGCACGCCCCCGCUCUCGGGCACGGCCACGCUCACCGUGGUGCUGGACGACUUGAACGACUCUCGGCCGCGCUUCCUGCAGCCGGUCCAGACUAUCAGCGUGAACGAGUCCACGCCGCCCGGGGUGGUGGUGGCAACCCUUGCCGCCGAGGACCCUGACCUCCGACCCCGUCUGGAGUAUUACAUCAUCUCUGUGGAAGCCAAAGACGACGGGAAUAACCCGGUCAGCGGCCUGCAGGAGUCCUUCGGGAUCGACUUUCACACAGGUGCUGUAUUUGUUCGAAACCCUUUGAACAGAGAGCUGGUUGCUACUUUUGAGAUCAUAGUGUCAGUUCAUGAUAAUGCCAGUGAUGUCAUCGACAUGUCCGUCAGUGUGCCCAAUGCCAGGCUGACCAUCGCUGUUCUGGACGUGAACGAUAACGCGCCGCGCUUUCGGCCGUUUGGCGUCACUAAUUUCUCUGAGAGCAUUCUGGAGGGAGCUCAGCCGGGCACCACGCUACUCUCAGUCUCCGCAGUGGAUCCAGACAAAGGCCCUAAUGGACAGAUAUUCUACGAGCUUCUGCAUUUGCCCAGAGGAGACUACGUGCGACUCGAGGACCCCUCUACAGGUAAGAUUAUAGCCAAUCGGACGGUGGAUUACGAGCAGGUUCAGUGGCUGAACUUCACCGUGCGCACUCAGGAUCGGGGCAGCCCGCCAAGGUUCUCCGAGCUUCCUGUUUACCUGCGUAUUGUCGACGUCAACGACAACAACCCCGUCUUCCUACAGCCCUCGUAUCAGAGACAAGUAUUGGAGGAUGUGGCUCUGGGUACCAUCAUAGUGCGAGUGAGCGCUACAGACGCUGACUCAGGACUCUUCUCGGUUAUUGAGUACUCAUUGGUGGAUGGAGAGGGGAAGUUUGGAAUCACCCCCUCUACGGGGGAUAUCUACAUUCUGUCUCGGCUGGACCGAGAGACUAAAGACCGCUACACCCUCACCGCCAUCGCACGGGACAACCCCGGGGGCAGCCCCAACAACCGGCGGGAAAAUUCAGUUCAGGUUUUGGUGACGGUUCUGGAUGUGAAUGAUUUCCGUCCGCGGUUCAGCUCCAGCGUUUUCAGCAACAAUGUGUUUGAGAACGAGCCGAGCGGGACGUCUGUGAUAACACUGACCGCUACUGAUCUGGACGAGGGGGAAAACGCCCUGCUCACGUACAGCCUGCAGGGGCCCGGAGCAGAUGCGUUCUCUCUGGACCCGGACACUGGUCUGAUCCGUUCUCUGCGUCUGCUGCACAGUUUUGAGAGGUUUAAUCUGACUGUAAUUGCCACAGACCACGGUAGACCCCCGCUCUGGGGCACUGCCAGUCUCCAGAUCACCGUCAUUGACGUCAAUGACAACAGACCUGUCUUUGUGAGACCGGCCAAUGGAACCAUCAUGCAUAUCCUUGAAGAGCAGCCCCCUGGGUUAGUGGUGUACGAGGUGUUUGCGACGGAUGAGGAUGAAGGAGUGAACGGGGAGGUGCGCUACAGCUUCUUGCAGACUGGAGCCGGAAACAGAGACUGGGAAAACUUCCACAUCGACGCUCUGACUGGCGUCAUCACCACUGCCGUCAAACUGGACCGAGAGAAGCAGCCGCUGUACAGCCUGAUCGUGGUGGCGUAUGAUCUAGGCCAGCCGGUUCCUUACGAGACCACCCAGCCUCUGCAGGUAGCUCUGUCUGAUCUAGAUGACAACGAGCCGGUCUUCCUCAAACCCCCGAGAGGUGGAAUUCUAUUCCAGUCUCUGAAUGUUCCAGAGCACUCCUCUCCUGGCACUGUGGUGGGGAACGUUACAGGGGCAGUGGAUGCAGAUGAAGGUUCCAACGCUAUUGUCUACUACUUCAUCGCAGGGGGAGACACUGAUGGGAACUUUGCUCUGAGUGUGUCUGGAGUGCUCAGAGUGAAGAAGGAUCUGGACCGUGAGGAAAUUCCCAUGUAUUCCAUCAUCGUUAAAGCCUCCAGCAAUCGCAACUGGUCUCCACCGAGGGGUCAGAGGUCGAAAACAAACCGCGCGCUCGAUCCCAGCCGUGAUCCAACCCUGCAGGAGGUCCGCAUCUACCUGGAGGACAUUAAUGACCAGCCCCCAAGAUUCACAAAGAUGGAGUACACUGCAGGCGUGGCUGCAGAUGCUAAAGUGGGCUCUGAACUGAUCCAGGUUCAGGCCGUCGACAACGAUAUCGGAAACAACAGUCUGAUUCUGUAUCACAUUCUGUCCAUCCUCUACAUAAAACUACUAUCCAACGACUCGGAGGACAUCGGCAAUGUUUAUAUAAUUGGUGAAACGGAUGGUAUAAUCCGAACGUUUGACCUGUUCACGGCUUAUGACCCGGGCUAUUUUGUGGUGGAGGUGCUGGCGAGGGACCUGGCGGGACACAGCGACGUGGCGAUAGUGGGAAUCUACAUCCUGCGGGACGAUCAGAGGGUGAAGCUCAUCAUAAAUGAGAUACCGGAGCGAGUCUGGCUCUUUCAGGAGGAGCUAAUCAACCUGCUCUCAAACAUCACCGGAGCCAUUGUCAACAUGGACGAUGUACAGUUCCAUGUGGAUAAAAAGGGUAGAGUAAACUUUGCACAAACUGAUGUUCUGAUUCACGUGGUCAACAAGCAAACCAACCGCAUCCUGGAUGUGGAGAGGGUGAUUCAGAUGAUUGAUGAGAAUAAGGAACAGCUGAGAAAUCUGUUCAGGAACUAUAACGUCCUGGAUGUCCAGCCUGCAGUGAGUGGACGAGCACCUGAUGAUCUCACUACCCUGCAGAUGGCUAUAAUAAUCUUGGCUGUAUUGCUGUUCCUGGCAGCCAUGCUCUUCAUUUUCAUGAACUGGUAUUAUCGAACAGUACACAAGAGGAAGCUGAAGGCCAUCGUCGCUGGCUCCACAGGCAACCAGGGACUGAUGGACAUCCUGGACAUGCCCAACACCAACAAGUAUUCGUUUGAAGGAGCCAAUCCUGUGUGGUUGGAUCCGUUCUGCAGAAACCUGGAGCUGGCCGCCCAGGCCGAACAUGAAGACGACUUACCUGAGAACCUGAGUGACAUCACUGAUUUGUGGAACAGCCCUGCUCGCACUCACGGCACGUUUGGGCGUGAGCCUCACGCUAAUAAGCCGGAGGAUGACCGCUACCUCAGAGCUGCUAUUCAGGAGUACGACAACAUCGCUAAACUGGGUCAGAUUAUGCGAGAAGGACCCAUUAAGGGUUCACUGCUAAAGGUGGUACUGGACGAUUAUCUGAGGCUCAAAAAGCUCUUCGCCGCCCGCAUGGUGACCAAGUCAACCAGUCAGGACCAGUCAUCGAUCACAGAGCUGGUCCAGAGCGACCUGGACGAGGAUGAUGACGAGCGGCUCGGUGUGGGAGGAAGAGGAACGCUUCGCUUUAAGCACAAGCACCCUGUGGAGCUGCGCGGUCCAGACGGUGUUCACGUGGUGCACGGCAGCACAGGCACCCUGCUGACCUCAGACCUCAACAGCCUGCCAGAGGAUGACCAGCGGGCCCUGGCCCGUUCUCUGGAGGCACUGCAUGCUGACGGCGGACUGUACGCCGAGCGCAACGCACGCACAGAGUCGGCCAAGUCCACACCCAUGCACCGCAACAAGAGCACGCUAUCGGAAAGCCCACUGGAGAUAACGGAGUUAUGACUAGCCGAGGCCUCGCUGGUAUGAGAAGGGCUACACCAGACUAGCCCCCUCCUGACCCCAUCCUGCACUAUAUCUGAUAUUAUCCCUCUGCCGGUAGAAGGGGUGGGUGUUUUUACCAUUAAUUUUAAAUAACUUUAAAUAUCCACUUUAAUAAUAGAAUCCUGACAAGAAAAUAUCUUUCUUACUUACAAAUACAAAAUAUAAAGUAUAGCCAGUUUUGCUAUUUGUUUAUUUUGUACAGUUCACAUUAAAAGCAGAUUGGGAACUGACUGAUAAGUUAAAGUAAUAAAGGAUUUAUCUUUGUAUUUUUACAACUCGAACAAUUUACAAAAUUGCUUGUCUUUACAAAACGUCUCCAUAGUGACUGAACUUCAGCUUUGUUCACAAAAAAAGUAAAAGUGGCCCAUAUCUGAAAAGUUCAUGCUUCUAAACUGAUGAACAUGCGCAAUGAAUCACAUGACCCACUUUUCCAAAUGUAAAUGAUCAAAAUAGCAUUAAAAUAAUGAAUAUGAAAUGAACAUUUCAGCUAUUUUACUAAAUAGAAAUAUCUAAAAAAAUUAAAUAAAAUAACAACCUUUGCACACAUUUAUGAAAAUAAAUGUCAAAUUGGAAUAGUGCAAAAGUCACACAAAUUUCAGAAAUCUGGCUGUUCUUUUUGACUCCUAUCAGAUAUAGAUCAGACUUUAAUAUCACAAAUAAAAGCAUAUGCCACACAGAAAGCAUGAGUAUCAUGAUAACUAUUAGAAAUAAUUGCAAUACUAUGCAAUAAAUUGCCAUUUUGUGACUUUUUUUUUUACACUGAUCUAUAUAAAGUAUUAAUAAGCAUAAUAAUGCAGAGUAAAUGAGUCACGUAAAAAUAAGUGAUUUUAAAACAUUGUUCUUUUGCAUUUUUACAAGUGGGUCAGUUUAGAAGCAAGAAUUGUCACAAUAAAAAAGUCACCAUAAAAAUAUUUAAAAAACAUAUUUUGAUGCAAUAGAUAUGAAAUUAAUUAUGGCAUUAACUUACAUUAAUUGGGAAACUGUGCUGUAGUUCCGUUUGUGGUCAUUACAUUACGUUACAUAAAAAAAAUAAAAAAAUCUUACAGAUGAAUUUACGAAGCCCUUUAUAAAUAAAUAGCUACACCCAUCACGAGUCAGAACUGAAGGCGGAGGAGGGCAGAAGUCAAUGGGAGUGUAUGGGAGUCGAUGGAGUUAAUGGGGUCUGGAGUGGGCCAACUGUGUGUGUGUGUGUGUGGGGGGGGGGAGCAGGGGGACCUGAGACACGUGAGGAACGAUGGACAGAAAUGAAAGCCAUUUGGACGCCUCAAAUCAGAACUAUAUGUAUGUAUGUGUGUGUGUGUAUGCAACUUACAUACAUUUUCACGGAUUCACGGAGCUCGGAUUUCCUUUUUUCCAGUGAAGACGAUGAGGACGGCGAUGCAGCUGCAGCGAUGAGUGAACACUUAUUUGCCACGGACGACAGGAGCUGAUGUUUGACCCCCCUCACCACACACACUUUUGAGAAGAGAGAAAAAAACAACAGAAGAAUUAAAAAGCCCUCUCAAACCAGCGGAAGGCCGAACACAAACUCUAGUUUUUUUAUUUUGUUAUUGGAAUGGGUUCCAGGGAUUUCUGACUUCAACUGUGUUGGGUAAAAUAUACAUUUGAUAUUUGCAAAAAAUAAAAAGAUGACUUUUAAAAACACUUCUUAACCUGCAGAAAAAAAAGAGACAUUAAGAAGUGACUAUUCUCAAUUACUGGCCUGAGUCGUCUUCCCUUUGGAAUCAUAAAGCGGACUCUCAAGGAAACAACGGAGGAGUAACUUUAAAAAAUUUAAAAAAAAGGACGACAGGAAUCGGACUCUUUUUUUUCCUGGAGCAGUGAAAGGUCUAGAAGGCUGACCAAGCACUGUAACUGACAGUAUUGACUGAUUUGAGGCCAGAGAUGAACCUCACUGAAUCACUUCUGAAUCACACUUGAACUGUGAAGGAAGGCGUGUCGUGUGCUUACAGAGAAAAUAUAAUAAAACCAGAGCCGUCCGGCUUUGUGUUCAAAGUUUAGCCCAACUCACAAAACUCAUUCUACAUUAUUUAGAAAAAGAAAAGAAAGAAAAGGAAACUAACCUUUCCACUCAAAGUUUUCUCCAGUUGAUGUCGUGACACUGCCAUCUAUGAGAGAGAGAGAGAAAGAAAAAAUAACAUGAAUCUUUAUUUUCCUUUACGUUUUUUUAUAUAAAAAAGUUAAGAAAAAUAUUUUUGAAAAAAAAGGGGAAAAAAAUAAGAGCUGACCUACCAAACUGAGCCGAGUGAAAAUGGAUGUUCUAGAUAAAUGUACCAGCUGAUGGAUUAUUAUUUUUGUUUUUAUGUAUAUCAGAGUUGAACUAAGUUAUCUGGACUUGUUGCGUAUGUUGUGCGUGUCUGGCAUUAUUUUUUAUAUCCCCCUUUUUUGUAAGACGUUAUUUUUGUCAUUUGUGUGUUGCGUCACCAGCUCUGAGGUACUGGAUGGGAAAUGUUGUUGGAUGAUCUGUGAUAAUAAAAGAAAUAUGCAACGGU